UCUUGGCCAAUUCGCCGUAGUGGGUGAGGGCCACAAUUGAGGAACAAGCAAGCAAGCAAACCUGCCGCCGCGGGCACGCGCUCUCUCCAGAAGAGUGAAGAAGAAGAACGUGCUCCCGAGACGGGCUAGUCGCACAACCGGCGUUCAGAGGCCGUCGGGGAGGAUCGUCGCAGCCAGCGUCCACGCGUCCACGCAUCCUUACUAGGCCUCUCCGUCGAACGUCAUGGUUUCCUACUGCGUCAUCGCAAUGGCUGUCGCUCUCUGCUGCUGGGCUUUCCAGCGGCUGUCCAUACCGCGCGUCGACGACGAACUGGCCUCGGAGGUGAUCCUCGGAGUGCCGCGCGACGACGUCUCGCAGCUGCCUCCCGUCUUCGGACACCGGGGCGGCGGCCUCGACGCCCCCGAGAACACCCUGGCCGCCUUCCUGGAGGCGAAGAAGAACCACGCCGACGGAAUCGAGUUCGACCUGUCCUUCACGCGGGACGACGUCGCCGUCAUCUUCCACGACGAGACCCUCGAGCGGACCACCAACGGCACGGGCCGGGUGGAGGACACGACGUUCGAGGAGCUGCGUCGACUGGACGCCUCGUGCAAGCACCCGCUCGCGCAGCGUUUUCCGGCCGAGCGGGUCCCCACGCUCGCAGAAGCCGUCGAGGAGUGCCUCCGCCUCGACAUGCGGCUCAUCAUUGACAUCAAGAAUCCCGACUACCGCGCAGUUCGGGUCGUCGACAAGCUGUUCCGCGAGCGAGACGAGCUGUAUCGGCGGGCGCUGGUCGCGUCCUUCUACCCCCAGUUCGUGUACCUGCUGCGGCGCCGAAAUCCCGCCAUCGUGACGGCGCUCAUUUGGAGGCCAGGAUGCCUGACCUACGAGGACAUCAAUAACACGCGACCGUGGUUCGAGUCUCGCCCCUACCAUUGGACAGCGCAAGUGGCCGACUGGCUGCUCGACAAAGCCCUCCACACCGGCUUGCUGCCUCACCUGACCGGCGCCUCCGCCGUUUUGAUCAGCACCAACAUGAUGGGCCCCGAGUACGUGCGCGCCUGGCGCAAACGGGGUGUGCACGUGAUCGCCUGGACCUCCAACCAUGCGGCCGAAAAGGACUUCCUACGCCGAAAACUGCGGGUACCCAUCAUCACCGAUACCAUGCGCCAGGUCUAGCGAGCACACGCGCUGAACAAUUAUUCGUGCCUGUUCGCUUUCCUCCUUUUCUUUUUUUUAUUCCAACAUGCAUCUGCGCGGGAACGUGCGGGCACUAUAAGGUGUUCUGCACGACUGAGUUCCCGAGCCUAGGAGCACGGAGAUUAUAAAAUGACGCCUAAGAUAAAUAAGCAAAACUGGGUCUUUGCAACUUUUACGCUAUUUCUACAAACAACAGCGGCUUUCUGAGAGUUAAUUCGACAAAUAUAGACCACUUUUUUUUUCCUUGCCAA